ACUCCUUUCCCUUCCUCAGCCACAUCUUCGAGUACAUCCAUCUCUGCUACCUCCUGCUUCUCUUCCACACCAGUAUCCUUCUCCUCCUCGACACCCAUAUUCUCAUUCUCUGCUACCUCUUCCUCCAGCACUUCUGCCUCAGCUUCACCGUCUUUUGUUUCUGUCCCCAGCGCAUCCUCCUCAACUGCUUCCUGCACUGCAUCAGUUUUUGCUUCACUCCCUCCUUCCGCCUGUCCCAGAGCUGCCUCCACCACCCUCUCCAGAAGCUCCUUCAGCACUUCCUCUGCCCCACGACCCUCCACCUGCUCCGAUGCCUCCUGUACGGCCUGCUGCACCUCCUUCAGGCUAGGAGGGGACACUACUGGCACCACUUCUGCGGGGGGUAAUUCAGGGUCCUGGGGUAAGCUCUGGCCAUCUUGGUGGGUGACCAUAGUGGAGGAGUGGAUGGAGGUAGACAGAUCUAAGGAGAUAGCAUCAAACAUUUUGGGCAUUUUGUUGCAGCUGUAA